AUGUCCAUAACAGAAGAUCAAAAAAAGAUUAUUAAAUCUACAGCAUCAAUUUUAAAAGAAAAUGGAAAAGAAAUAACAUCAAUAUUUUACAAACAUCUUUUUGAAGCUCAUCCAGAAUUAUUAAAUUUAUUUAAUCAAACUAAUCAAAAAACUGGCACACAAUCCUUUGCCUUAGCGAAUAUAAUUUAUUUCGCUGCUGAAAAUAUCGAUCGAUUAGAAGUACUUAUGCCUGACAUAUACACUAUUGCACACAAACAUCGUGCUCUCACGGUUCAAUCAGAACAUUAUCCGAUUGUUGGCAAGUACAUGCUUCAAGCUAUUUCAAAAUUUCUAGAUGAUAAAGCAACACCAGAGAUUUUAGAUGCAUGGUCAGCUGCUUACACAGUUAUCGCUGACAUUUUUAUCGAUAUAGAAAAGAAAUUGUAUGAUGAACUUGGCAAUAAGGAAAAUGAUAAAGACUUUAUUCCAUUUACUAUUGUUAAAAAAGAAAAAAUUGCACAUGGACCGAUCUAUUCUUUUAAAAUAAAACGAAGUGAUGGUGGAAAACUGCACAAUUAUCAUCCAGGACAAUAUAUAACACUUCGUAUUAAAAAAGAUGGUUUUUAUCAUAAUCGACAUUAUGGUCUUGUUCGACCAUUUGAUGGUAAAACAUAUUGUGUUGGUAUUAAACAAUUAAAUAAUUGUGAACCAAAAGGUAUUUUUACUAAUGAACUUAUUGAAAACUACAAUGAAGGUAAUACAAUCUUAGCAAGUUUACCAGCAGGUACAUUUGCUGUUGUCAAUGAUGUAAAACAUCAUUUAUUUAUUGCUGGUGGCAUUGGUAUUACUGUUUUGUCAGCAAUGAUUGAAGAUUUAUAUAAACAAGAUAAAUCACAUUCUGUGACAUUAAUUCAUUGUGUGCCAGGAAGAAAUCAUGCUGCUUAUAUUGAUCGAAUGCGAAUUUGUGUUCCAGAAAAACAAUUUCAUUUACUUUAUCAAGGUAGAAAUGUUUUAAAAGAUCUUAUUAAGAAAGUUGUGACCCCUGAAACACAUGUAUACUUAUGUGGUACCGUAUCAUUUAUUAAUACAGUUGAAGAUCAUUUAGAAGCCUGUAAUUUUCCAUCAUCACAUAUUCAUAUGAAUGCAUUUCAACCAUUAUUCAGUAUGAUUAAAAAUGCCGUCAAAAAUCAACCGACAAUCAAGUCUUUAUAA